CACAGGCUUUGUAAUCAAUCCUAGCUGUGCUGCCGAGCGCUGAUGCAACACAUUGUCACCGCACCGGUCGGCAGUACUGCACGUUGGGGAGCUGUUUCUUGUCAAGACACUGUGUCUACCGCCCCAGUAAGAAGCGAGCAUCAUGACUAACAACCUGAGCCCAGAGGAGAAGUACGACCUCAUCACCAGGAAUCUGCAGGAGGUGCUGGGGGAGGAGAAGCUCAAGGAGAUCCUGAAAGAGAGGGAGCUGAAGAUCUACUGGGGAACAGCCACCACUGGCAAGCCACACGUUGCCUACUUUGUGCCCAUGUCCAAGAUCGCUGAUUUCUUAAAGGCCGGGUGUGAGGUGACGAUCCUGUUUGCUGACCUGCAUGCCUACCUAGACAACAUGAAGGCGCCCUGGGACCUGCUGGAGCUGCGGACCCAGUACUACGAGCAGGUGAUCAAAGCCAUGCUGGAGAGUAUAGAGGUGCCGCUGGAGAAGCUCAAGUUUGUGAAGGGAACGGACUUCCAGCUCAGCCGGGAGUACACUCUAGAUGUCUACAAGCUGUCCUCCACAGUGACACAGCAUGAUGCCAAGAAAGCCGGGGCAGAGGUUGUGAAGCAAGUGGACCACCCCCUCCUGAGCGGUCUGCUCUACCCAGGACUGCAGGCUCUUGAUGAGGAGUACUUGAAAGUCGAUGCCCAGUUUGGGGGAGUGGAUCAGAGGAAAAUCUUCACCUUCGCAGAAAAGUACCUGCCGUCUCUGGGCUACACCAAGCGCAUCCACAUGAUGAACCCCAUGGUCCCGGGACUCACAGGGGGAAAGAUGAGCUCCUCUGAGGAGGAGUCUAAGAUCGAUCUGCUGGACAGGAAGGAGGAUGUGAAGAAGAAGCUGAAGAAGGCGUUCUGUGAGCCGGGGAACAUCGAGAGCAACGGAGUCCUGUCCUUCGUGAAGCAUGUCAUCUUCCCUCUCCACUCCGAGUUUGUCAUCAUGAAGGAUGCAAAGUGGGGUGGAGACAAAACCUACACUGUUUUCGGAGAUCUGGAGAAGGAUUUUGCAGAGGAGCUCGUGCACCCAGGGGACCUGAAGAACUCGGUAGAAGCCGCCCUGAACAAACUGAUGGAUCCGAUCAGGAAGAAGUUUGAAAGCCCAGAGCUGAGGAAACUGACAAACGCAGCCUACCCAGCCCAAUCCAAACCGAAGGCAGCGGCUAAAGGAAAUCCCAAAAAUGCCGAAGAGGAUGAGAUGGUACCGUCGAGGCUGGAUCUCAGAGUUGGGAAAGUUGUCAGCGUUGAGAAGCACCCGGAAGCAGACAGUCUGUACCUGGAGAAGAUCGACGUGGGCGAGGCAGAGCCCCGGACGGUGGUCAGCGGGCUGGUUGCGUUCGUCCCUGCGUCCGAGCUGCAGGACAGGCUGGUGGUCCUGCUCUGUAACCUCAAACCCCAGAAGAUGAGAGGCAUCGAGUCCCAGGCCAUGCUGCUGUGUGCCUCCACUGAAGGGGAGGGGCGCAGGGUGGAGCCCCUGGACCCCCCCACAGGGUCAGCCCCCGGGGAGCGUGUCUUCGUGGAGGGGUAUGAAGCGGGCAAGCCAGAUGACGAGCUGAAGCCAAAGAAGAAAGUGUUCGAGAAGCUCCAGGCCGACUUUAAAAUCUCAGGGGAAUGCGUUGCGCAGUGGAAUCAGAAGAACUUCAUGACCAAACUGGGACUGAUCACGUGUAAAUCACUGAAAGGAGGGAACAUCAGCUAAGGAUCGCUCCUUUCAAAAGAGAGCGCCCCUCCUAUUCGCCAGUCCCAAUCCGUGCUUCAGUCAGCAUCUGAACUCCGAAUCCUCAGUCUGCCCCUAAGCUGCUCUUCAACAUUCUAACUAAGAAUCCUUGCAUGCCAGUGUUCCACGGGCGGAUUUUAUUGUAGUACCAGUCUUCAGCAGGGGGAGACAAAGCACCAUUAUGUGAUCCCACAUGGGAGAAUACAGACGGGCUUCUGUACCUUGACCCUUGAUUUGCUCAGGGGAGUUUUGCCCGUGUUUGACUAGGAUUCCGAUGCACAGGUCUUGGCUGAAAUUUUCAGAACCUGAGAGAUGUUAUAAAUUAAAUUGGGUGCAAGCGCUAUGGAUUAUAUAUAUAUAUAGAUAUAUAUAUAUAUAUUGUUUAAUAAUGUGGAUAAUCAACAUUGAUUGAAAUUGUAACAGAACUGUCUUUUAAAGGGUGUGGCACAUUCAUUAUUCCAGCCUGCUAACUGUAAAUCAGUAGAUAUCGCAUGCAGUUUAAUAUUAAAUAAAGUUGUGAAACUGA